UCUCUCUCUCUCUCUCUGGAGAAGGAAGAAGGAAGGAGAGGACAGAAGGUUAAUGUUCGUUGGUUUACGCAAUUGACUGCCGCGUGGAUCUUGUUCCACAUGGAGGCUGCUGCGAAAGGGAUGGCCUAUAUUUUUCUUCUUCUUCUUCUUCUUCCUCCUUUCUUUCUUACUAAGUUAUCUUCGUUAUUAGGAAAUAGUGGUUAGCCGGUCUUUGAAAACUUCGAGUCGGCCCCUCUGGCAAUUAAGGGGUUGCUAAAAUUUAUUGCGUUCGUCCAAAUCCGAACCGUUGAAUCUAAAUUUGAAGUUGCGGGGAAAGCUUUUGGUAUUUGAGGGACAAUAUUUUGAGCUUCGGUCUUCUUAUUGACUUUUCCUUCACCCUAUUCUCUGUUGGUUUUCUGGUCUCAACAUAUAGGGAGAUUUCCUUCAUAGUUGUUCGCAACUCGCAAGUGAUUGAUCAUCUGAUUGUCCUUUGCCCAUCGCGUUGAAGUUGCGAAAAGUGUUCCAUUAGCUUUAUUCGUCUUGGGUUGUUAAUUGGAGUUCUUUGGAGACCUUUAGGUGGGAAGUUGCAGGACUAAAUCUCCUCAACGUAGUCUUCGUGCAUUUUGCAUCAAUCCCGGUUGAGUAAUCGUUUUUGUAAUUGGCGUUGGUUAUGGGCAACAAAUCAUCUAGGGAGAGGGAUUACAGGCAUUCUUCAUCCUUUCCAACAUAUUCCCAGCAGACUCCAUGGGACCAUGCACCGCCACCAGCACCACGUGCAUAUGCAGAACCACCUUCUACUGCACACUAUUACCCGGAGGAGCCGAAGCGAAGGCUGCAAAAAAUGUACUCCAGGAUUGCAGACAAUUAUACUUCUCUUGAACAGGUGACUGAAGCUCUUGCAAAAGCAGGACUCGAAUCUUCCAAUCUAAUCGUGGGUAUUGACUUCACAAAGAGUAAUGAAUGGACAGGUGCUAGGUCAUUCAACCGCCGUAGCUUGCAUCACAUAGGCGAUACUCCAAAUCCCUAUGAACAAGCUAUUUCUAUUAUUGGGAGAACUUUGUCUGCUUUUGAUGAGGACAAUUUGAUCCCAUGCUUUGGCUUUGGAGACGCAAGAACACAUGAUCAAGAGGUAUUCAGCUUCUUUCCUGACGAGAGGCCUUGUAAUGGAUUUGAAGAAGUGCUAGCACGCUACAGGGAAAUAGUUCCUCAGCUUCGUCUAGCUGGGCCAACAUCUUUUGCACCAAUUAUUGAAUCAGCUAUCACAGUAGUGGAACAAAGUGGAGGACAGUAUCAUGUACUACUGAUAAUAGCUGAUGGACAGGUAACAAGAAGUGUUGAUACAGAACAUGGCCAUUUAAGCCCACAGGAACAGAGCACAAUUGAAGCCAUUGUAAAAGCAAGUGAGUAUCCAUUAUCAAUAAUUUUGGUAGGAGUUGGUGAUGGACCCUGGGACAUGAUGCGCCAAUUUGAUGACAAUAUUCCUUCUCGAGCAUUUGACAAUUUCCAGUUCGUGAACUUCACAGAAAUAAUGUCAAAGAAUGUCCCUGUAUCAAGGAAAGAGACAGAGUUUGCACUCGCAGCGUUGAUGGAAAUUCCAUCACAGUACAAUGCAACAAUUGACCUGAAGAUCUUGGGUCGUCGAAGGGGGAAAGCUCCAGACAGAGUUGCUCUGCCCCCGCCAGCCGGAAGCUACAGUGCACCUUCGUAUGCAUCAAAGACUUCUCAAGCUAGUAGCUUCCAGCAUAGUCCCCCACCUCACUAUGAAAGUAAAUCUUCUUCACAGUAUGGAUAUGACACCGGGGCAUCUUAUCCUCACAGCACAAGUAUGAGUACAGCUCCUGCAAGUUCUUCAUAUGAUAAUCAGGUCUGUCCCAUUUGCCUUACAAAUGCAAAAGAUUGUGCUUUCGGGUGUGGUCAUCAGACAUGCUAUGAAUGCGGUCAGGACCUCCAAACAUGUCCUAUCUGUCGUAGCCCAAUCCAGACCAGAAUUAAGCUUUAUUGAAUGACCGAUCCUUCCAGAUCAAGUAUGCCACUAGUGAGACAUUUGCAAAUUCCAAGUUUUGCGUGCAUUUGGAUAAUUCGUUCUCAAAAGUCAUGCUCUAAUUCUGGUCAACUUGCAAAAGCUAUAAUUCAGCAGGAGGCCCUCGAUUCACAUAAAUUUCCGAUCUCCUGUAACUGUCUUCACUGUUCGGACAAUGCUUCAGUCUCAUAAGCCAAGCUGCAAAAUCCAUGAUGUGCCAACGCUGCUCGCUGGGGUGUGUCUUAGUUAUAUGUUUAUAUCACAAAUUUCAUUGGAUAGGCUUAUUAUUUCCUCUGUAUAUACCUUUUUUGUACCUUUUUUGAGAUUAAAUUCUUGUUAGUUCUCAAAUUCUGUUUAACAGUUUUUCCUCCCCUGUUUGGUCUGUCUAUCUGCCACGAUGUGCUUGUGUGUUCAGCUUUCUAAAUCAUAGCCAUUUUUUUC